CAACCUUCAAUCACCUUCAUUCAUUCUCAAACUACUUUGGAGCCGGGUCUCCCUUCGUUACAUUUCGUUACAAUCGUUCAAUUCGACUUUACCUCUAUACUAGGCGCAUCUCCAUUCACUGUUCGAUAUUUCUCUUUCAAGAUGUAUAUGAACACUCUGAUCGCUGCUGCCAUCCUUGGUCUUGCUACUGCUUCGCCAGUUGAAGUACGACAGACCCGUACCUCCUCUAGCGAGUUCUCGGAUGGCGGUUGCAGAGACAUUCUUUUCGCGUGGGCACGCGGAUCCACCGAAGUAGGCAACAUGGGAACCGUUGUCGGACCACCUACAUCGAAUGGAUUGAAAGCCAAUUUCGGGGCUGACAAUGUUGCCACCGAAGGCAUCGAAUAUGCUGCAGCACUUGCACCGAACGCGCUCCCUGGAGGCACUGAUGCCAAGAGCAAGAAGCUCAUGCAGGAUACCAUCAAUGCCAUGGCUAGCCAGUGUCCGGACUCUACUAUCGUCGUUGGAGGAUACAGCCAGGGUGCUGCUGUCUGCCACCGUGCCGUUGAGGAGCUCGAUCCUGCUGUCCAGAAUCGCAUUGCUGGAGUCGUCCUUUACGGCGAUACCCAGAAGCAACAGGACAACAACCAAAUCCCCAACUUCCCAGCCGAUAAAGUUGAGAUCAUUUGCCAGCCUGGAGAUGCCGUGUGCCGAGGAACGCUCACCAUUCUCCCAGCUCACCUUACCUAUGGUGCUCGGGCUGACGAGGGUGUUGACUUCCUCACGAAGCAAAUCCAGGGAGCUCAAGCUAAGAUCAAAGCACGAAAGGAGAAGCGUACAGUUGAAGAGGCUGCAGGGAUCGCAGACGCACUUGCUACAAAGAUGGCGAAGAAGGCGGUCAAGAUCAUGGCUUAGAUGAAACAAGAAUUUUGGCGGUGACUCAAAUGUGAGGGUUCAGUGGGUUUGUAGCUA